CACUGGAUACAGCUGUGUGUGUAGGUGUGUGUAGGUGUGCGGUAAUGGCGCGUGUAUCUUUGCUCUGUUAUCUUGGUGCACUGGUGUGGAGCUGCGCUGCUGACUUGUGCCUGAACAGCUGCUCUCUGACCAGCAAGAACAUCUCCUAUACCUGUAAGAACAUCAGCACAGGCACAGGAUACACGUUUCGCGUUCCUCAGAGUGUACCAACUGAAUGCCUGAAAAGAUGUGAGCAUGGCUGGUACCAUAAGAACAACACCUUUCUGGCUGACUCAAAAGAACCACACGUGGGUAAUUUACCUGAGCCUAUUGUAGAGGUAACCCUUUGGAGUCUGACUACUUACACCUGUUUGGAUGGACCAUACUGGAAAAUGGACUGUCAAUGCUCAAGAAGUGCCAAUUUUGUGGCUUCCUAUGUAGCUGAUAAAAGUUUUAAGGAUCUGAGUGUGAAGAAUGAUGAGGCGGAGACAUGCUCAUACAAUGCAACAUUCCAUUUUCUCUGGCUCCUAAGCAUUCCUGUGUUCAUGAUGGUGGCUCUUUUAGUGUGGUAUUGCAAAAGAAAAGGUCGUGCAAAGAGACUGUCGUGUAUGAAAAUCCCAGGAGAUCAGCAGGUUCUGAAAUGCUCAAACCAGCCCUUCUGGCACCAUCAACUAUGCCACGAUUAAAGUCACAGAGAUCACAUUUUUCCCCAUUCUGAUGUUUGAUGUAAACAUUAACUGAAGCUCUUGACCUGUAUCUGCAUGAUUUUUUUUUCACUGCACUGCUGCCACAUGAGUGGCUGAUUAGAUAACUGUUAGAUAAUAUGAAUGUGCAGAUUUACAGGAGUUCCUAGUAAAGUGGACAGUGAGUGUACGUUAUAACAGCUUUAAACUAGCCCUAGUAAUGGUAGCUACUGCAGAGUAGUGGUCCAUGAGGAUGUGUUUACAAUGGCGGUGAGGCGAGAGGGUAAGCCCAGGAGAGAGCACUAAGAUUGGCCAAGGCAGCCAGGUUACCAGGCUCCUAUGGUCUAGUUUUUCAAAAAAAAAAAUUUAAUCAAUUGAAUAAUCAAAGUCUAUGACCUGAUAUAACCUGGGAACUUUGAAAUGGAUCCACUGAAACAUAAUGAGCUCUGUGGCAGCAUCUGAGGUGUAAUUUUAGCCAGAAAUAGAGCUCUAAAGUCACUUGAAACGCCUCAAUUCUGCAGCUUAUUUUAACAUGGCUUGUGUCAGUCACUGCCAUCUGGAGCUAUCAGGUUUGUCAGUCACUUUACAAGUGCAGAUGAUUCCUAAUUUAGUAAUGGCACAGGAUCCCCAUGAAAGAACACAGUCACAUGACCAGAGUGUUCUCUAUAUAUUUUAACUCUGUGGCUGAAAUGCUGGAUUUCAUGAGUGCCUCCACUUUUAUUUUUUUUUAUACUUGCUGCAUCUGUUAAUUAAAAUUGGCCUAUUUUUUUUUUAUCUCUAUGCAUCUGGGUAACUUUAAAAAAAAUAAUAAAAUUUUAAACUUUUAAAACCUUUGCAAUUUGUUUUACUAUAUUUUUCAUGUAUUAAGAUUUAUCUCCAGGCUAUUGUCCAGAACUCUGUAUAUGCAUGAAUAAUUUUUUGCAAAGAAAACAGCCAUGUGAUAAGUGGACCAUGUGUUGAAAACAGGGAUGACCCUGAGCUCAAUUUCUAUUGGUGGAAAAGCAAAGCGUCUGAACAGCCUACUUAUCUAAAUUUGAUUUCAUUUUUUUUAAAAUACAUUUCCAAAACUAAAAAAAAAAGUUUAGAAUGUUUUUGCAGAUUGAUGAGAAAAAUAAAAUUAAAUAAAUAAAUAAAAUGCUAUUUUACAUUAAGUUUUAUUGUAAUUUAUGUAUAAAUCAAAAAAAUAGUAUAUUUUAGAGUAAGGCUAUAUUGAAAGAAAAUGAAUUUUAAAUAUAGUGAAGGUUUAUUAAUACUGUUCAAAAGUACUGCAUGCCAUAUUGUAAUUAAAUAAAUGUAUUGUGUUUUAUGUACAGUGUCUCCCAUAGGAUCCCAUGGAGAAAAAUAGGAAUGUUAUAAUAGGAACAGUGUAAUAAAGACACAUGCCAUGCCAUCAGUGUGAUCUUCCAGCUCUAUGUCCAUUCAUGAAGUAAUUUUAAAAAAAAAUGUUCACUGAAUUAGAAAUUUUUACCAAAACUGGUUUACAGCAACCGAACUAACUAGCUAACGUGACGUGUAUCAGUAUGGUUGGAGAAUGGAGAAUUAAUCCUGGUGCCAUCAUUUUUAGUUUUUAAUGUAUAUGUACACACACACUAACAUGUAGCCUUUUGUAACACUAGAGUAACUUCUCAAUAUUCACAGAUUUAUUAAAAAUGCAAGACUGAUCCAGUGUGUGUAAUUUUGAUAAAAUGUGACCACCUUCAUGGAAUAGUUCAACCAAGAAAUACUAAAGUAGCAUGCUAAUGUUGGCCUCUAACUUAAUUAAUAAAUUAAUGUAAAUUUGGCAAAAAUGCUGGACCUAUAAUGUGGCGCCAUGCCCAUUGUCUCAGUGUAUAGACUUUUUUCUGGACAUGUCUGGGCAUG